AAUGGCUCGAGCAAUCCGAUUUUGAGUUCGAAACUCCGAAUGAACUUUUGUUGAUUCAUAGCUGAGAAAAUAUUGAGAGAAGAUUAUGGGAGCGAAGAAGAUCUGCAAUGGCUCCGGCGACGUGGAAGAAGCCGGCGACGGAGAACUCGCCGCCGAGACGUAUCACACAUCGUCUAUUUCCGUCGACCUCUCUCUCCCUCUUCCCGCCAUGACCCCUCGCAUCAUCGAGCUCUGCAAAGAUCUGUUCAAGGAGUGGUCGAGGCUGGACGAUUCUCGCUUCUCUGUCCAAACCGUCUCUGGUGGAAUCACUAAUCUACUGCUCAAGGUUACGGUGAAAGAGGAAAGUGGUAGUGACGUUUCCGUCACCGUCAGACUAUAUGGACCUAACACGGAUUAUGUAAUUAAUCGUGACAGGGAACUGCUGGCAAUCAAAUAUCUUUCAGCGGCAGGAUUUGGUGCCAAGCUUCUUGGAGUUUUUAGUAAUGGCAUGGUGCAGUCAUUUAUUAAUGCACGUACGCUAGAGCCAGCGGAUUUCAAAAAUGAAAAGAUAGCUGGAGAAAUUGCCAAACAGCUCAACAAAUUCCACCAAGUAAAUGUUCGAGGACCUAAAGAACCUCAGUUAUGGAACGACAUUUUCAAAUUUUACGAAAAAGCCUCUGCACUUCAAUUUGAUGAUACUGGGAAACAAAGCAUAUACGACACAAUUUCAUUUAAGGAAAUUCAUAAUGAAAUACUUGAAAUUAAGGAACUAACUGGUCUCCUUAAUGCCCCCGAAGUGUUUGCUCACAAUGACCUGCUUUCUGGGAACAUAAUGCUGAAUGAAACUGAAGGACGACUCUACUUCAUUGAUUUUGAGUACGGGUCAUACAAUUACAGAGGCUAUGACAUCGGUAAUCACUUCAAUGAAUAUGCAGGCUAUAACUGUGACUACAGCCAGUACCCAUCCAAGAUGGAACAGUAUCAUUUCUUCAGACAUUAUUUACAACCUGAAAAACCAGAUGAGGUAUCCGAAAAAGAUCUCGAAACUCUCUACGUAGAGUCAAACACAUUCAUGCUAGCUUCUCACUUGUAUUGGGCUUUAUGGGCGCUGAUACAGGCGAGGAUGUCUCCGAUCACUUUUGAUUACAUUGGCUAUUUCUUUCUGCGUUAUGGCGAAUAUAAAAAGCAGAAAGAAAAUGUUUGCUCUUUGGCAAGAUCUUUCCUUGCACGAUCAGGAUUGGGAUCUCGACCUGCAUAGAAGAUGCAAUUUUCGGCCUGGGGGCGGUGGUGGUGGCAGUGUAGGAUGAGCAAUCAGAUUGUAUUCCAUAAGCACAUAGGCAAGUUCUUUACAGGUUCUGUUUUAUCUCUAUUGUAAGUAUUCUUUUUGUAAUCUGAUACUCGUCAUAAACUUCAAAGAAACUAAAGAAAAUAAUAGUGAACUUUGUUUCGUUGUC